GACAGAGUAGACUGUUUUCUUGCAAAGUGGCCCACGCGCAGGAGCCCCACCACCCCGCCGAGAAGCCCGUCAUCCACUGCCACAAGUGUGGGGAGCCGUGCAAAGGGGAAGUGCUCCGUGUUCAGGCCAGGCAUUUCCACAUCAAAUGCUUCACCUGCAAAGUGUGUGGCUGUGACUUGGCCCAAGGAGGCUUUUUCAUCAAGAACGGGGACUAUCUCUGCACCCUGGAUUACCAGCGCAUGUACGGCACCCGCUGCAACGGUUGUGGCGAGUUCGUUGAAGGAGAAGUAGUGACGGCCCUGGGGAAGACUUACCACCCCAACUGCUUUGCCUGCACUGCUUGCAAGCGCCCGUUUCCGCCAGGUGAUCGGGUCACUUUUAAUGGAAGGGACUGUCUCUGCCAGAUGUGCGCGCAGCCCAUGUCCUCCAGCCCGAAGGAAGUGUCUGCCUCGAGCAAUUGUGCUGGCUGCGGAAGAGAUAUAAAAAAUGGCCAAGCGUUGCUGGCUCUGGACCGGCAGUGGCACCUGGGAUGCUUUAAGUGCAAGGCCUGUGGGAAGGUGCUUACAGGGGAGUACAUCAGCAAAGAUGGUGCUCCUUAUUGUGAAAAGGACUACCAGGUUCUCUUUGGAGUCAAAUGUGAAGCAUGUCACCAGUUCAUCACUGGGAAAGUCCUAGAGGCCGGUGACAAGCAUUAUCAUCCCAGUUGUGCACGAUGCAGCAGGUGCAACCAGAUGUUCACGGAAGGAGAAGAAAUGUAUCUGCAAGGUUCCACUGUCUGGCAUCCCGACUGUAAGCAAUCCACUAAGACCGAAGAGAAGCUCCGGCUCUUAUCACCACCUUGCAUAAUGAACUCUAUCAAAAAACUAAGGCAGCCUACAAGAACAUCAUCAGAAAGUAUUUAUUCCAGACCAGGUUCCAGUAUACCUGGCUCACCAGGCCAUACUAUCUAUGCAAAAGUAGACAAUGAGAUCCUUGAUUACAAGGAUUUAGCAGCCAUUCCCAAAGUCAAGGCCAUUUAUGACAUUGAACGUCCAGACCUAAUUACUUAUGAGCCAUUCUACACUUCCGCCUACGAGGACAGACAGGAGAGACAGAGUCUUGGAGAGUCUCCAAGGACAUUGUCUCCUACCCCUUCUGCAGAAGGUUAUCAGGACGUUCGGGAUCGCAUGAUUCACAGAUCUACUAGUCAGGGCUCUAUUAACUCUCCCGUGUACAGUCGCCACAGCUACACUCCCACCAUGUCGCGGUCCCCCCAGCAUUUCCACAGACCUGAGCUGCUCUCUCCUGGUGUGCAGCGGUUGUCACACCUGCGCACUAGCAGCGUCAGCUCCACUCACCAUGACUCCCGCCCCAACUCCCCCUUCCGACACCACUUCAUGCCCCAUGCCAAAGGCAAUGAGCCGUCCAGCGGUCGGAACUCCCCUGUCCCCUAUCGACCAGACAGUCGCCCUCUCACUCCAACUUACGCUCAGGCCCCUAAACAUUUCCAUGUUCCAGAUCAAGGCAUCAACAUUUACAGAAAACCACCAAUCUACAAACAGCACGAUGCAGCUGCUUUGGCAGCACAGAGCAAGUCUUCUGAGGAUAUCAUCAAGUCCUCCAAGUUUCCAGCAGCCCAUGCACCUGCACCCAAUGAGAUACCAAAGAUUGAGACCGACUACUGGCCAGGUCCUCCUUCCCUUGCAGCCAUAGGAGCUGACAUGAGACGGAGAUCAAGUGGAAGAGAGGAAGAAGAUGAAGAACUACAGAGACGCCGGCAGCUGCAGGAGGAACAGCUCAUGAAGCUCAACUCUGGUCUGGGACAAUUGAUACUAAAAGAAGAGAUGGAAAAGGAACUGCGUGAUAGGUCAUCCCUUUCUGCCAGUCGUUAUGAUUCUCCAGCACAUGCCUCCGCUUCCAAAACUUCUUCUCUUCCUGGCUAUGGAAGAAAUGGGCUUCACAGGCCGGUGUCUACAGAUUUUGGUCAGUACAACAGUUACGGCGACGUGAGUGGGGGAGUUAGAGACUUCCAGUCCCUCCCGGAUGGUCAUGUCCCUGGAAUGAGAAUGGACAGAGGAGUUUCUAUGCCUAACAUGUUGGAGCCAAAGAUUUUUCCAUAUGAAAUGCUCAUGGUGACCAACAGAGGGCGAAAUAAAAUACUAAAAGAUGUAGACAGAACCAGGCUUGAGCGUCACUUAGCACCUGAAGUUUUCCAAGAAAUAUUUGGCAUGACGAUACAGGAGUUUGACAAGUUACCUCUCUGGAGACGCAACGACAUGAAGAAAAAAGCAAAACUCUUUUAAAAUCCCUUUAACCAACAAAAAAAAUGGUGCAUAGGAUAUUUGAAUCACACUGUCCAAACUAUUUGGAAACAAUUACUUAUCCACUUAUCCACCAAAAAGGGAAAAACAAAUAGUGGCACCUCUAUACAAAGCAGUUGAACAAGAUGAGCAUUUGCUCUCCUGGAGCAUAGGGAGAAAAUGUCUGUGCUCAGAAACAACAAUGAUAGUUUUCCAGGUGUCGACUUUUCACAUUAUAUUAUACAAGAUAGGAAACUGUUCUGUUCUUCUCCCUCAAUGAUGUUCCCUUACUCUUCUCCAUAAUAUGAUGGACUUAAUUGCUAGAGCCAGGAAGUGCCCUUAGGAUGCCUUGUAGACUAAAGUAGUUGUAACCACUUCAAGAACCGAAAUAUAUA